AUGCGGUGCGCGAGCAAGGCCGCCGAGAGCGCGUCCGCACGUCUCUGUGCGGACGCCGAAGCAGAAACCGCAGCAACUGAUGUCUCAUCGGUUGCUGAAGCGACUCAGCCUGCGUCACCUGGUGAUGCAGGCGCUCGUCAUGAAGACACUCAUGUCUUCACUGAGUAUGAGCUCGGUGUCUCAUACUCUCCUGAUACGGAAGAUGGAUCUGCAUCGACGGCAAUUGAAACCAAGCCGCCUGCCUAG